ACUUUAAAUUCCUCAAAUCCCCUGAGUGCAAGGCCAUGGCUCAGAGAAGCCCUGCAGACAACGGCAUUAAUCUCCCCUACAAGGACUUGACCUCCGAGGUAACCAGGCGCCGAGUCACCAUGACCACGAGAAAAGAGAUAAUUACCCAGAAAAGUGAUGAAGCUAAGGAGAUGCUCUCCCACUUGGAUUUGGAACAAACCCCUCCCCCUCGCAGGACCCACCUCACAGUACCUCCUGCCCCACCUCCUUCUCCAGCUGAGGAUCCCACAGUCUCCUAAGAUGUGAAACUUAUUUUGAAGUGAAUUCUUACACAGAACUCCAGAAAACAGUUUCAGUGGCAUUCUUGAGGUUUGUCUUAGAAGACUCUUGAAGAUCUUUGUUCUUUCCUAUUUUUCUUCAUCACCUAGAACCACCAUAAAGCAUGGUUUACCCUU